ACCUAAAUUUUAUGGAUUAUUUGAAUUAUUUUUAUUUUGUGUUAAAGUUGAACUUGCACUUGGCAUUCAAACCAAUAUGAUAUUAUUAGUUAUUAAACGUUAGUUUAGUUAGUGCUAUAUAAGUGGUCUUUAAUCCUUUAAGGUAUGAUAUAAACCGCCGAUACUCUAAGUAGUUCCUUCCAUUGUGAGGAAUGAGACACAUCAGAAUGUUCAAAUGGCAAACACUGAACAAACAAUGCUUCUUAACCCUGAUAUCAGGACUAGCCAUAGGCUUCACAGUGGCUUACGUGGCCUUAUCGCAACAAAUCAGCUUUUCCGAUCCACACUCUAGCUACGAAUUGGAUCUUUUGGAUGGAGGGCCUACAAUUGACCCAGGUGUUCAUUUAAGAGAUGAAGAAUUCCAUUUAAUGGAAGACACCACAAUAGCGGAUAAGUUGUAUAAAGACAUCAGAAUUCUUUGUUGGAUUAUGACGGGGCCCAGUAACCACGAAAAGAGGGCCAAGCAUGUUAAAAAUACGUGGGGCAAGAGAUGUAACGUUUUAUUAUUUAUGAGUUCUAUAGAAGAUCCAUCCCUGCCAUCAGUAGCGCUUCCAGUAAAAGAAGGAAGAGAUCAUUUAUGGGGGAAAACAAAACAGGCAUUUAAAUACGUUUAUAAACACUAUAUAGAUAAGGCAGACUGGUUCCUUAAAGCCGAUGAUGAUACAUAUGUGAUAUUAGAGAAUCUCAGGUAUAUGUUGAUGCCAUACAACACAAACGAAUCAAUAUAUUUUGGGUGUAGAUUUAAGCCUUACGUGAAGCAGGGGUACAUGAGCGGCGGGGCCGGUUACGUUUUAAGCAAGGAAGCCUUAAAGCGAUUUAUAGAGAUUGGUUUAACAAACUCUACGGGUUGCUCAAAGAGUGAUAACGGGGCCGAGGAUGUGGAAAUGGGUCGCUGCAUGGAAGCCGUCAAAGUAACUGCCGGAGAUUCUCGAGAUUAUCUCGGGAGAGGGCGAUUUUUUCCUUUCGUACCCGAACAUCACUUAAUACCUGGACACGUGUCCAAAUCGUUUUGGUAUUGGCUAUACAUAUACUAUGAAAAUAAAGAGGGUAUGGAAUGCUGCUCGGACAACGCAGUAUCUUUUCACUACGUCUCACCAAACCAAAUGUACGUGUUAGAAUAUCUGAUAUACCACUUAAGACCCUAUGGAAUUUCCUUUCGGGUAGAAUCUCAACAAGCGACAAAUAACAAGCUCCCAGUUCAAUAAAUACUCAUAUUUUGCAGUGUAUCCAAUACACUUAAAAGACUUUUUUACGAAGGGUUUAUAGUGAGAAAAGACAUUUGUUAUUAGACUGCACGAUUCAUAAUUUAAAACUCUUUUUUGCAGUUAAUGAAGAAUAAGACUCUUAGUUUGUAAGUAAAUGUAAGCUCUUGACUAAAAUAGCAAUAUUACUGGUUUUAAACUAAACUCGGUAGAAACAAAUAUGAAAUAUUUAUUCAUAGCUCAAGAAUCAUUUUCUAGCUCUAGAAAGUUUAAAUGUAAGUCUGUAAUAUUUCUCAUUCCUUUGGAAGGUACUUUUUUAUGAAGUACACUUAACUAGUCCUUUGUUACCAAUGUUUUAUCAAAAAAUGCCCAGUAACUAGAAGUUACAGUGUAAUGGCGAAUCUCAGUAAUUUCUUAGUUUUCAACGAUAGUUUUCUUAAAAAGACUUCCUGCGUAAUAAAAUACUAUCAAGUAAAUAUUAAGCUAGAAUAAUUUAUAUGCAGGGCCGGCGCAAACACAUUUGACCUCUUAGGCAAACUAACUGUGUCAUGCCUGAAAGUCGUUAAACAUCACUAAUUACUCAAUAAAAUAUUAAUAAAGAAAAGGUUUAAAACUCGAUAAAAUAUUAAUAUUAAAUAAUAAAAUACACCCUUUAGAAAUUUAUUUUUUUUAAAUAACGUCUUCUCGAGCGUUCACACACUCAUUUAAUCUAACAUUCAAAUUUCUGGUGACGGAUCGGCAGGUAAGCUUUAUGAUGAUUUUUUUUACUGCGUUAUUCAAGUUGGUUUAUUAAUGUAGACCAGGAAAAAUUCUAUAUGGUACAAAUCAGGACUGCGUGAGGGCCAAUUUAUCAUCUCUUCUCGAGAUAUGCUUGGAAAAGUUUCAGAAAUUCAAAGCACAGAUGCAUUGGACGUAUGUGACGUUGCUCCAUCCUGCUGGAACCUUGUCUUUGGUCAUAGUCAGGAAAAUUAUGCGGUUAAACCAACAAAUCUUCAAAAUAACGCCCUGAAUUCAUUGCAAGAGCAUGAAUCACAUCCCCUUUCAUUUUCAAAAAAGUAUAGACCGGUUAUUUCUCGCGAUGAUAUGGUACGUCCAUACGAUCACUUUUUGGUUGCACUGGUAAUAGCGACAGUUCUGCUUGUUUGCUUACCCAUGAAAAUGGGUACUCAUCCCAAAAAAAAAAAAAUUUGUUAGUAAGCGCUUGCUUCACGAAUUCUGGUCUCACAAUGGCAUCCUGGAGUUUUUAAUUCUUCCAGCAAUUGAAUUUUAUCAAGGCAUAAAAAAGACCUAAAUCUGCAUUGGGUCUUUUUUAUGCAAAAUGCAGAGAAGUCACGUCAAACUAUGACCUAUAAAUCGGUUGCACUUUCUCUUCCAUUUCAUUUAAUAACAGAUACGUUUAUGGCUUACUGAAAAGAGUGAAAAGAGUUUAAGGUGUUCAAAAGUGGAUUUCCGCUUUCUAAAGAUUAAUAAGGAAAUUUCUCGAAUUUUAAGUUUUAAACGUUGAACAUUGUCCUGUGUGGUCAAAGACCGCUAAAUACAUCUUCGGUAUUGCAUUAGUUUCUUGCCGUACCUUUUACAUAGCCGCAUGAAAUCUGAGGGGGUUAGCUCGAGGGGACUACUUGGUCACUCUCCAAUGUGAGAAAUGAUUUGGAAAAUUUCAUUGUCCUUUCACUUCAUAUAUUGCUUGUGCCGGUCCUGAUUGCAAGCCAAUAUACUAGUCAUUUUCUUAUAAGAUAUAUUUUAAGUUAUACAAUUAUUAUGGCUGUAUGUAUAUUUUUCUCAUUUUGUAUAUAAUUUUAGAUGGUAAUAAUAAAAAUACGAAAAAGUAAA